UACUAUCUCGACAAAAGAAAACAACUUUAAGCUUUUCCACGUGCGCAUAAACUUCAGGCCUCCUCGUUCUCAGCUCCUCUCGCCUCCUCCUCCUCCUCCUCCUCCCUCUCCUCUUCCUCUUCCCUGCCUGCCUGGCCUGGCUGGUCCUCGGUUGUCUGCCUUUCUUGAAGUGGGUUCAGGGAAGUGUUGAGGGGGCGGAUAGUCUUGAUUUUCUCUAUACUUGCUUAGCCAAUAACUGUUGUGCACAUCUCAGCUGGCAGACAUUUAAAGGGAGACAGUCCGGCGCUGGAGCAAUUUGUAUUAAACCCCCCCUGGCCCCCUUCUAUGGAGCGCUUAGUGUCCCACCCAUCCACAGUCCCAUCAGUGCGCAGUCGACUGUCGUAGGUGCCUCUCACAUCCAAAGGGGCCGCGGAGGACCGACGGGAUCACAUCCUCUCUAUCGCAGCGCCGCAGACUCAAAGGAUGGCCAUCUCCGCGCGCACUCUGUGCAGUAUGGUUUUCAUCAUUGGGUUGCUGUCCUCUCCCGUGGAAUUAAAAAGAAACCGAGGUUCUCAGGGGGCCAUUCCUCACCCGGACAAAAACAACCCGAACGAAUCGGAGCAGCAGCCGCCGCCUCCGCAGGCGGGCUCUGGGUCCCGCCAGAGGCCGGGCUCGUCCUCGCCGGCCGACGAGGUGCUGGAGUCCAGCCAGGAAGCCUUACUGGUGACGGAGCGGCAGUAUUUAAAACGGGACUGGUGCAAGACGCAGCCCCUCAAACAGACGAUCCACGAGGAAGGAUGCGAGAGCCGCACCAUCAUCAACCGCUUCUGCUACGGGCAGUGCAACUCCUUCUACAUCCCCAGGCACAUCCGCAGGGAGGAGGGCGCCUUCCAGUCCUGCUCGUUUUGCAAACCGAAGCGUUUCACCACCAUGACUUUCACGUUGAACUGUCCGGAUUUGCAGCCGCCCACGAAGAAGAAGCGCAUCCAGCGCGUAAAGCAGUGCCGCUGCAUCUCCAUAGACCUGGACUAAAACGCGCACUAGAACGCGCGUUAUUCCUCGAGGACAGGAUUGUUGUUAAGUGUUCUGAGAACACCUGCCUGUCUCCGUCCGGAGAUAUGCGCCACAUGCAAAACAAGCACGCGCGGUUCUCUUCUUGCACAACGUGUGAACAAAAAAUGGACCUCCGAGUUAUAACAGCAACAUUUUUACUCCUCACGAGUUUCAAAUCAAACACCACUGCACGGAAAGCCUGACUCCAAACGGGCACAUUUACGCACGGCUUCCUCACUCCAAAUAGAAGCAAAGAGAAACCGUUUCCUUUGCCCCCGUUUUUUUUUUGCUUCUAAUAGCUCACUGCUUCAGACACUCGAUGUUACAGGACAAUUUUUCCAUCCCUACCUGCAUUUUACGCAUACAUUUUUAGAACUGGAUGUUUCCACUGUGUGGAAUUUGAUAUAUAAUAUUUGUAAAUGAAAAUAUGUGAUUUUUAUCUCGAUAUUUCAAAAAGAAUCUUUCAAGGUUAUCCUAAUUGAUUUCUAUGAAUUUCGAAAGCUCAUUUGUCAAUGUUUUUUUGUGUAAAUUGGGAGCUUAUACUCCAAUAGCCUUUAGAAACGAGGCUCCUUAGUUAGUUUAACCGGACGAUGUACAGUGUUGAUUUAAUAUCGAGACUGAAUAGUUGUAAAAUGUAAAGCCAUCUUUGAUUUAGCCCUUUGGUUUAUUCCCUUGAUUAAAUUAUCCACGGAAACGUAAUAAAUUGAUGCUGUAAUAUUGUGCAUAACAUUUGUAAGACACUGUGUAGAAAAAUGUAUUGAAUAAAAUGUGAGAUUACC